CGCGCAUCCCUCGUCAACCCUCGAGAAACCUAUUCACUCACUCACUAACUAACGGUAUAUAAUAAUAUAUACACUGUACUAGUAUACAUACCAAUAAACCGUAGAACAAACGAGUAUGAUGACACACUUGAGUAUACAAUUGAUAACGCCGUGAUAAAAUUAAACCCAUUGCAUUAUAUUAUAAACUUAUAAAAUAUUAUUAAAUAAUAUCUACAAUAAUAUUAAUAAUAAUAAUAAUAACAAUUGCCUUGAAAAGUUUGACACAAAACUAAUAAUAAAAUCAAUUCAUUAAAGACAUUGUAAUAAAUAUAUAUAAAACUAACAAAUUCAACGUGUAAAUACCAAAGAAAAUCAAUGUGAGACAUUAAAUGUUAAUAUAGUGACCAAGUUUAUUUAAAGAAAAAAAAAAAAGUUAUUCUAAAUCGGGAUGGCGCUGAAAUAAUUAUUCCUUAGGGAAAAAUAAAAAAUAAAACAGAGCUUGGUUAAGAGAUGUUUAAUAAACGUCAGUAAAUACUGUCAUAUAUGUCGACAUAUAUAUGUAUAUUGUCAACUCAUCUCAUAUCUUUUUUCACGACAUGAGUGUGUUGUCAUUAAAGUGAAAAUACUCAACGUAACACGACACGAUGAGUUGAAUUAACAAAAGCUGAGUUAAGUAGUAAAGGUCAUUUUUAAGAAGACCGUCACCGGGUCACAGUAAUUAUUAUUUUUAACAAUUAAAUUUUUAAUUUAAUUAUUUAUUGUGGUGUGUUGUGUGUUAGUGGAUUUAAUAUGCUAGGGUAAAAUUUUAAAAAUAUUAAAAAAGGUGAAUUAAAUUUAAAAAGUGAUUUUGCUCAAAAUGGAAGUUGGUAAAAUUUUAUAUGAAUUUCAUCUGGACAUUUAUUUUUAUUGUAAAAAAAGUUUAUAAUUUUAAAAUAUAUGUAUGCAUAUAUGUAUAUAUAGUUAUAUAUAUUAAUAUAUAUCGAAUAAUAGUAAUGGCGAAACACCUGUUUCAGUACGCCAGUGACCUCUUUUUACAAGAAGUAAAGUUAGGACAUAAAUUUUAUCAUAAUUAUUUUAUUAUUUUGAAUUUUAUAAAAAUUUAACAUGAUUAUAAAUUUUAUCGCAGGAUAGUGUAAAAAAAUAAAAAGGUAUUAGUAAAAAAAAAAAUAGUGAUAAUAAAUAAGAUAAAAGGUAAUGAUGAAAAAAAAAUCAAUUUUAUUUUAUAAGCGUCAGUGAUCAUGAUUCGUCGUAGGGAUGACGCGAGUGAUAAAAUAAAAUUAAAAAACAAUUGGUACUGUUACUGUAGUAAUUAUUAUUAUUAUUACAAAAAUAAUAAUUUCAUUAUAUUGGACAAUGAUCACAUCGAUAACGAUAAUCUUGCAAUAUUAUUUUUACGCUCCUGCUGUGUUGACCAAAAUCAUAAGAUUUAUAUUAAUUAUCAAUUAUUGUUUAAUAAUAAAUGGGAUCGGUGGAAUAUUUCGUUGAUAAAAUUUAAAAAAAAUAAUAAUGAAUAUGAGAAAUUAAAAAUUGUAAAUAAUUGUGAUAAUGAAUUUAAUUAUUUGAUGGUGACUUUUUUAAAAUUAUUAUUUCAGUUUAAUUAUUUAUUGUGUAAUUUUUUUUUAGUCACUUAGUGGUGACGAAUGACUUCAUUACAAGAACAUCCUGUAGUAUUAGACAUUGUUUCAAUUGAUAAUUAUUAUUUUGAUAUAAAAAAUAAUAAUGAUGACGCUAAUGAUGAUGAUGAUGAUGAUGAUGAAGAUAAUAAUGAUUACUAUGGAGAUCGAGUAGCUGGUUCAUUGGCGCGUAUUGCGGGAUUUUUAUUUAAAUUGACAACGAUUAAUAUCAUUGUGACUCGGGAAAACCGGUGGUGUUGUUGUAAUUGUAAUUGUAAUUAUUGUUAUAGUAAUUUUACUAGUGAGUUACAUUGCUUGCACAAUAGUAUUGUAAGUGUGGCGUGAUGGCGGACUUACCUGAUAUGUCACACCUCACACCAGAGGAGAGGCGCAUCAUUGAGGAGGUUAUGAUGCGACAGAAACAAGAAGAAGAUCGGGAGAAUGAAAUAAUGAGGCGAAAGCAAGACGAAGUUCAAAUUCUAGAAGAAACGAUACGUGCUCGUUCUGAAAAACACAAGAAAGCGGGAAUUGAGCUGGACGCGACAUGUGACAUAUGCAUGAAGACAAAGUUUGCGGAUGGCGUUGGUCACAUCUGCAACUACUGCAACAUCCGGUGUUGUGCGCGUUGUGGUGGUAAAGUCACACUACGAUCUAACAAGGUAAUUUGGGUGUGCAUAGUGUGUCGCAAGAAACAAGAAUUGUUAUCAAAAACCGGACAGUGGAUGGUAAAAACGGGAUUAGGUGCCGCGGAUCAAGCGAUGAUCAGACGAAUGCAAGAAGACAUGCACGGAGGACCAUUGACUCACACAGAAUUAACUCAAGACAAGCGACCAAAAUUAGAGCGUGCCCAUAGUGCUGCUGAAAAAGAAAAUCUUCCAUUAUUACAACGUAGCGGAAGUGCACUGAGACGGCAGUAUUCCCAACAAGAGCAGAUUCCAAAUCGUCGACUGUCAACAAGUGACAGUGGUGUAGAAAUGUCAGUAUCACCUCAUUCCCGUAGUCUACCAACACCUCACGUGGUCGUAGGUUCAUAUCCACAACAAACACCACGACACCCAGCGGCCUUUCCCGAAGAUGAUCCAAAUAUCUAUCGUGGUGAGUUGGAUGGUCUUAUGAAGCAGCAUGCCCAGACGUAUCAACGAUCUCGUCAAAUUUAUCAGGAACAAAAUUCUAAUGUACCAAUUACUUAUGGUCAUACGGGUGUGGAUAAUUCGCGUGUCCAUCAAUCACAGCAGCAUCAAAUUCAUCAGGUACCUGGAAAACAUCUGUCGCAAACAUUACCACCACCUGGUUCAAAUGCUGGCUCAUUACACCAGCAACGAAGUUUCAGUAGCAGCGAAGAAGAACGUAGCACACCUGAAUGUGCAAGUGAUGAGCCUGAUGAGUCGGAAAAGGGGAAGGGGUACUAUCAUCAUGUGGGAGGUUCAGCUUCGAUAUCUGGUGGCUCCCGUAGACACGGCCCUCAUAAUGGACAUCAUAUCACCGGAACCGGCAUAAUUACCACUGAAUAUAAUGGUCAUCAUCCACCGCGAGAACCCCGAAAAGAAGAAAACACUCUUGUAAGACGGAGUUUCCGGAGAAGCGAUGAAUGGCGCGCCGACAGCCGGAGGUUCACUGAGAGAAGGGGGAAAAAGACAGUACGGUUUGAUGGUGGGACCAAUGUGGCUGGUGAAGAGGAUUGGUCUUGGGAGGCUGAUCGACAAGGUAGCCAAGACAGUGCAACCAAAGACUCUGGUAUAGACACCUCGAGUACUUUCACGAGCAGUGAAGACAGCAAUCGUGGUGACUUACCCAAGCAAUCGCAAGCGAGCAGUGAUGGGCAAAAAAUAAUAGUCCAUAUGAUACUACGUAAAUCAGCUGGACCAGGAAGUAUAUUGGGCCUUAAAGUUGCUGGCGGACAAUUAUUGGACGACGGUAGAAUAGGUGCUUUAAUUGAAAAAGUUAAAGAAGGUACACCUGCAGCUGUUGAUGGUCAAUUAAGACCAGGGGAUGAAGUUAUCGAGUGGAAUGGACAUUGCCUCCAAGGUAAAAAUUCCCAAGAAGUAGCCAACAUAAUCGCUGAGUCGCGAGAUGAGAAUCAAGUGGAACUAAUUGUUGCUAAAAAUCAUCCCGACUCAACAAAUAAUUCAAUAACCUGUAGUAAUUUACCUUCUGGAACUACAACGACGUCGAUGAUACCACAAAGACGUAUAACUGCGCAAGCCCAGUGGCGACAGACACACGAAACCAUGCCUAUUUUACAGCAGCCUCAUCACAGAGGUCUUAAGAAAUGUAUAUUAUGGGAAUUAUAUGAUGUAAGAAGAGAAAAACCAUCAGUACUAGUAACAUCACCUGGUUCACCAGACUUACAUGGGCAAGGACGUAAUAGACAUCCACGUUAUCCAACGACAAACGCAAAUGUCGGUGGAAAGUUACAAGUUAAAUUAGAUUUCAAUCCAGCAUGUAAUAGACUGAGUGUUACUGUUUUUCGUGCCACUGAAUUAACACCAAGAAGCAAUGGCCAACUACGUAAUCCCUAUGCCAAAGUUUAUCUUCUUCCUGACAGAAACGAAAUGUCAAAAAGACGAACGAAAACUCUGGCAAACACAAACGAUCCCAGAUGGAAUGAAACAUUUGAUUAUAAUAUAAGAAAGUCUGAACUAAAACGCAGAUGGUUAGAAGUGUCAGUGUGGGAUUUUACAAUUCAUGAGGCUAACGACUUUCUCGGCGAGGCUGUGUUAGAGCUAUCGAAUUUAAGCGAAAAGUCACAAUGGCAGUGGCAAAAUUUGGUUGCUCACGAAGAACGUCGACCUAUUGGACAAUAUCACGAACCAUACGAUGACAUAGCCAUAACUCCAGUUGAUUAUCAUCUCAGUCCACCCUCGACGACAUCUCGUCUGAGUGAUUCAGAUACGUCGGAGUAUGACAUCACUGAUUGCGACAUACCGCGAGAUCAGAGACGAACCGCAGAUGGUGCCAGCAUCAGCAGCCUCGGCAGUUCAUCUAGGUUUCAUAAUAUGCCGUCAAAUUAUAAGCGCCACUAUUCUAGCCCGCCACCGGAGAGAGAGUAUGGAAGUCUGGACAAUGAACACCGCAGUCGGCGGGACAUGUCGUCAACGGGCAGCAAGAGAGCCGCAUUGAUGAUUUCACGUGAUCAACCAGUGUCUAUAUCUGGUUACCCACAGUGGAGAAAAGACGAACCAACAGCUCGCAGUAUGAUGGGUCAUAGAUCUCACAGUGCAGCUCCGAUGGACUCACCUUAUUUACGUUAUCGCGGUAGAUCACAAAGUCCAACUGGUCAUCGUUCAUUAUCACCACCCGACCAUAGAUCAAUACCUUAUUCUCAUGGUUAUAUGCCCGCAAGAUUUGGAUCAAGAUCCGCGACUGCAACGCCCACGGGAUCACCCAAAAAACGACAAUUGCCACAAACGCCAUUAUUAAAAGAACGAAUGAUGACACAAGAUGACGAAAGACAUCGAUUAAUGAGAUAUCCACACAGACUUGUUCAUACAACUUAUCGAAGUACGGGGAUCGGUGGUUGGGAACGACAUUACAGUGGCCGAUCAGACUCAGACCUAUUAUCAUCAAUGGGUCACGACCCCCCACUACUACCACACGCUCACCGCCUGCAUCACCGACCGCGUCGUGGUCACCUGAGUCCCGACAAAGAUGUCCUCGGUGAUUUCGGUGAUUCCGACAUGGAAAGCAUUAUUUCUGUUGCGAGUAGCGCAUUUAGUACUCAGUCAGAGCGACCUCGCGGAUCUCGGGCAUUAAUACCGACAGUUAAAAACAUAUUGGUACCCAGUGUCAUAUCCCAUUUGCCUUCUUUACCACCCCUAUUUAUUAGGCGCACUAGGCGUAAGCACAAAAUAAAAUUACCCAUUAACAACAACAACAGCAACACCAUAAGUAAUAAUAACAACAAUAAUAUAAACAAUAAAAGCAUAAGCAUAAUUAAAGAAUGUAGUCAUUAUAAUCCAAUUAGUAAUAGUAUUAAGACCUGGAAAACCCCAUCAAAUAAGUAUCAUAAUCCCGCCACAAUCAUAAAUGCCACAAUAACCCCAACAAUUAAAAAACCUAAACCCAAAAUAACCAAUACCUCAAGCCCAAAUCAUCUCCUCGUACGGAGCAAAUCCGCAGUUGUACGCUCGAUGCACAGAAAACCGCGUGUGCCUAUCGUGAGAUCGCAGACUGUUGAUGACAACCUCUUCCGUUACACCAACUUGAGUAAUUUGAGCAACAGCAACACGAGCAACAGUAGCAGUAACUUUAUGAAAGACUUUUGUCUUAAUAAAUAUCGGGACUCUUCAAAUAUAACCGAUGAUUCAACGAGGAUUUAUAACUAUUACGUUUAUGAUGACAAUAAUAGAGACCAAUGUAUUGACAUUGACAGAAGAUACAGCAAUAAAUUAUUACGUGAUGCGCCAUCUUGUCGCUGUGGUACCUCGAGUGAUCGUAAGAACAAGUUGUCAUUAAAUAGCAAAGUUAAUUAUUUAAAUUACAAUAUUGUUGAUGACUUUUUUGUCGAUCUACGUGAUAGAAUAAAGAGAAUUCAAGUGCCUAGACGUGCUAAAAGUGUUGAAUAUGAAUCAGUGUCUAGUAAUAUAUUCAGUGAUGACAGUCUCAGAACAGCUAGACGUAAAGUAAAGCGUAAUUUAACAGUAACUGGUGAUAAGUUGCCGUAUUUAAAUGACCAGAGUAAGUCAUACUACGAUUCAACCGGUGAUAGUUCAAAAAAUUCCGAAAGUAUUGUCGAUGAUUCUGAUGAAUUUAAUAAUGAAUGCCGCAGUAAUUAUCGUAAAAAAUAUUACUCUUUGUAUGUUAAUGAUGGCAAUAGUGAUGAAAAUUUAAAUGAUGAUCAUGAAAUAGAUAAUAUCAUUGACGCUGUCGAGGCAAGUAAUGAGUAUGACAGACAUUUAUUUAAAAUAAAUUCUAGUAAACGUUUAGAUAGUAAAUAUAAUAAAAGUAAUGAUGAUGGUGAUAAUCAUCAUCCGUACGGAUUUAUUGAUAACGAUCAUAUUUAUUGUAGUAUUGAUGAUAAUCGAGGUGACUGUCGUUACUCGAGUGCUCAUGACACUUAUGAUAGUAGUAGUUUAGAUAAUAAAGUGCCAAAAAAAUAUUGUGAUGAUAAAUUAGCAAGCAAUGAUCAAAAUAAUUAUAGUUGUGAUAGCAGAUCAUUGUGUUUAACAAAAAGAACUAAAAGUACUGAUUCAUAUUUAGAAGAUAAUUAUGAUACUAAAUAUUAUGAUAACUAUAGUAAUCAUGGUAGAGAUAAUUACGAAGAUUCUCGGGGUAGGUCGCGUAGUUUUGGUGGUAGAACCGAGCCAUUUAUAUCAUUUGAAGCAGCGUAUGACGAUACAGGUCCGAAAUCAGAUCGUAAAAGUAUUAAAAUUUUGGAAAAAGCUGAAUCCUCGCCGACGCUUCAUCCUGAAGAUGAUGAUAUUUGUGAUACCUGGGAAUCUACGCGGCGAAUGUCACGUAGACGUCGUAACAGUAGCUGCCCAGAAGCACGUGAUAUACGUAAUUUAGAGAGUCCAUUAAAUGAAACUGUUAGUAUUAAUUUUUUUAUGGGUUCUGAUGACGACUUUGGAUCUACGGAAACAGUCGUCGGUCCAGAUUAUCGUAAAAAUUCAGUAAAAGAUGUUAAAAGUGAAAGGUUUAGUUCUUCUGUUGUACCACGUGAUUGUGAUGAUGAUAAUUUUAAAGCUCAAAUACGUACGGACCGGUCUGGUUCGUAUCCAGGACCAGCGAGACGUGACUUAAAUGAUGAUUUAGAUUACUCACGUAGUCGGAAAACAAGUUGCCCUGAGUGCCGUGAAUUGUAUAGCAAUAGACGUGACAGUAAUUAUCAUUAUACAUAUCCAGAUACUAGAAAGUCAUCAUCACGUGGGUCUAUUAAUCGGUCGCAAGAAAUUUAUCACGACAAAUAUCCGCAAGAUUCGCGGCAGAAAAAGUUACAGUCGCAAGAACGUAAAGAUUUGUUUGGUAAAAAAAGCAAUGAGAGACGUUUAGCUGCUGACGAACGCGAACAAAGUGGCAGCAAAAGAAAUGUUGCGAUAAGUGAUACGCUAGAAUAUUAUGAAUAUUCGAUGGAAAGUGAAAGCCAGUGCAGCGAAAAUUGCGGAUUUGGCCCGUAUGAUUUAUCACUUAGGCCCCGAAACCGAGCACCCCGCCCCGGUAACGCUAAUUCAAAUAUCUUUGAUUCCCAAACCGCUACCUCCGACACUGCUAAAAAUCACCCACGGGUCAACGAUCAUCACAAUGAUACCAUUCCACGACGUAAACGACGUGAUCCAUCCAUGAUCAAUGAUGCUGCCAAUGAUGACACUGGUUCGUCCUCUAAAACUGCUUACAAAAUUACCACUGACUCUCAUUCUACUAAAACGUCCGUUGAUUCCGUCCGAAUCAAUAACAAUGCUGAUAAUAAUCCUGACGCUGAUAAUUUUCAACGUAAACGGAGUAGUGGUGAUUAUAAUAGUCCUGGUGGUUCGUACGAAAAAAAUACGAGACAUCAGGUCACGGAUAAUGGCCAUAAUGGACACACCAAGAGGGGACAAUUCAGUAGGAGUCUUAGCAACGCCGAUGGACCACCUGAUGAAAAAGUUGCUGACGGAAGUUUGAGUGACACCGCAGUGGGUCUUCACGUGGAAGAAGCGGCCCGCAGAGCGCGAAAAAGUUCACCAGGUAGUAAAAGCGGAAGCGGUAGCAGCAGCGGCGGCGGAAGUGCUUCGCAAUAUCAAGCCGGAUUAGGCAAGAAGAGUAACAGCACCAGUCAGCUCUCGGCGACAGAGUGCAUCAGCGCGGUCGGUGUCAACCCGGAUUCAAGGAGUACUGGUAUACCAGUUACCCGUAAGCGGAACAGCACACCCAGCAGCUUUCAACGUUCCCAGGAGGUUGUACCCAUGUAUCAACGUCUUGGUGCCGCUAAACAGCCGGGUUCGGUUGCCAGUGACACCGCGGGAUCACUCAACUCGAUUUCUAGUUCCGAAGCAAGUUCCUGGUCUCCGUGUUUGAGAUCGACGGGUGAAGGAGGACAACUCAGUGAAUUUAUCGACGGCCUUGGACCAGGUCAAUUAGUUGGUAGACAAGUACUUGGAGGAUCUUCACUUGGUGACAUACAGUUGGCCCUGAAUUAUACUAAGGGCUAUUUAGAAGUCGAAGUUGUUAGGGCAAGAGAUCUUCAACCAAAACCAGGCAGCAAAGUACUUCCAGCUCCUUACGUUAAAGUUUAUCUGGUUAACGGUAAAAAAUGUAUAGCUAAAGCUAAAACGACAACAGCGAGAAAAACACUGGAGCCUUUUUAUCAGCAGCCUUUGGCUUUUCGUGAAAAUUUUCAAGGUUGCAUUUUGCAGGUGACAGUGUGGGGUGAUUAUGGACGAUUAGAAGGUAGAAAAGUAUUCAUGGGUGUCGCACAAAUAAUGCUGGACGAUUUAAAUCUCAACGAAAUGGUAUUCGGAUGGUACAAACUCUUCGGCACCACGUCCCUGGUCAGUGGCCCUCCAUCAGUAGUUUUGUCCCGUCGAUCUUCAGCCACCUCUUUGGAGUCACUUAAACUAUAAUUACCAUACUUUCAUCUAUAUCUAUCUACAUCACACACACACACACUCACAUUCACAUUCUAUAUAAAAAACAAAUUAAAACUAAAGCUAAACACUAUCAUUAAAUAGUUAACUUUUUUAACAAACGAAAAUAAUAAUUAUAGUGACUCAAAUAUAAAUAUAUUAGUAAAAGCUUUUUACAAAUGUUAAGUUAAAGUUUACAGAUAAUUACAAAAAAUAUAUAUAUGUAUACACAUAUAUAUACUUGCCUUAGGCUGCUUAAAUAAUUGUUGAAUGUUACUCCUGUGUAAAAAAAAAUCCGUUGCGAAAAGAUUCAAAAAAAUUUCGACAUGUGGAACUUCUAAACUAGAGACAGACUAGAACUUCGAAUAAAACUUUUAUCUUGAGUAAAACAAAUCGUUUUUAAAACAUAUUUCUGAAAACGUAUUUUUGCUAGUUUUUACCCUCAUUUCGAAAAAGUUCAAAAACCUCUAAUUCGGAACUUUUUAUUACUUCUUAUAACGUUUUGAUAACUACCUUCCACGCUCUGCUUAUGAAAAAGUCGCUAUCAAAAAUAUUAAUCAUGGACAACGGUACCCAUAUUAACCGAUCCCAUGACCAAUCAUAUCCAUAGCUACUGUUGUCAUCACAACAGUCUCCAUAGCAACCAUUGCCAUGAUAAUAAUCCCCAUAACAACCGUUGCCAUAACAACAUUCCCUAUACUAACCGUUGCCAUGACAAAAGUCUCCAUAGCAACCGUUGCCAUGUCAAUGGUACCCAUAGCAACCGAUGCCAUGACCCACCAUAUCCAUAGCAACUGUUCUCAUGACAGUAGUCUCCAUAGCAACCGUUGUCAUGUCCAACCAUCUCCAUAGCAACCAUUGCCAUGACGACUAUAACCGGUGAUAUAACACCAAAUUAUUUAGGAUAGAUAAGUUUUUUGAUUUUCAUAGGGUUAUUGGUUUCUAAUACGAAUUUUUUUCGCAGGGAGGACAAAAUGUAGUAAAAAUACGUUAACUAUCAAAACCAAAAAAGUUCAAAGAAAGUUCCACUCGAAAUUCUAAUCUGUCCCAAGUUUAGAAGUUCCGUACGUCGAACUUUUUUUAAAUAUUUUUGGAACGAAUUUUUUUUACACGGGCUAUUAAAAGUUAAUUUUUAAUAAUUAAAAGAAAUAAAAAAAAGUUUAUGAAAAUAAAAAUAAUAAAUAUUAAAACGUAAACUGGCGGCUCUGAAUACGGUUAAAUGAAAUUAUUUUAUAAUGAAAUGUUGAAUUGAAUGUUAAUUGAUGGUAUCUAAGGAUUUAGGUAAUCGUUUAAAAAAUAACAGUUUCAUUAUUUUAUUAAUAUAAAUAGUAAUAAUAAAUAAAUCAAUAAAUAAAUAAACAGAUUCAACACUAAAGCACAUCACAUAUCAUGUCGAAACUAAUAUAGACUAGACAUCAAGUUUUUAAAUAAAUAACGUAGACGUAGCGGCCAUGUAUCAGGAUGAACGCCAGAUCUAGCUUUAGUGAAAUCAAUGGAACUCGAGUGUACAUCACAUCGAUAUAAAUGCAAACAAGGUGUACUUAUAAAAAUUAACGCCUGUUAAAUAAAAGAAUACAUAAAUAAAUUAGAACUGAUAAACUUAAAAAUAAAUAAAAAUAAAAGUGAGUGAUUUAUUAAAUAAAAUAAAAUGUAAAAGUGAUUAGUGCAGUAAUUUAAAUGCAUUUAAUCCAAGUAAAAUAUGUUAUCACAAAAUAAGUGACAAAAAUUUAAAUAAUUAUUAAAUUAAAAUAUAAUCAUUAAGAAUUAAUUAGGUUUAUUUUUUAAUUGCUGAGGUAAUAAUAAACUUUUACGCAAUGAGACUUUUAUUAAUUAUAAAAGUGUAUUAUUACUUGAUAUAUUAUUAGAAAUAAUAAUAAUAAUUAAUAUUAUUAUAAUUAUAACGAAAAUAAAUCCAUUUACGAAUUAUGAAAGGAAAUAAAAUCCAGACUACAUAUAUUUAAUAUAUAUGUAAGAUUUUUAGUUAAUGUAAUUGUAUAUAAUAAUUAAAUAUGUCCAGUAAAAAAUUUAAAUUCUAUAAAAUCAUUACUUAGCUUAAAUAAUAAUCAUUUUUAUGAAUGAAUGAUUUUUAUAUUUUAAAGGGGAGUCGAAAAAUUUUUUUUAUUGACAAUGAAUUUGUGAUUUUUUAUUUUAAUUAACGAUAUCGAUUUAUAGUCGACUACCUGUCAUAAGCCUGGUCUAGGGGACGUAGGGAAAAUUUUUCUUGUAAUUUGAGUCUUCCCACUACCGUGAUUGUAGUUUUGAUCUCGACUACCCGUUAUAAGCCUGUUUUAUUUUAUAUCAUUUUAAACGUCAUAUUUACAUUUUGUUACAUACGCGACUAUCCCGAUUUUCCUGGUGCUUAUGGCGCUAAAAUAAAUACUUAUCUUUUUACACUAAUAAUAAUUUAAAUGCAAAAAAUUAUAAUGAUAACGGUAUUGAUUACAGUAAUAAUUAAAAUAAUAAUUUUAUUGAUCAACUUAAUGCUCAAUAAAACUUUUCAAUUGUAACAGAAGCUUUGGAUGUAAUUAAUGAUUACAAUUAUGAAUAAUAAAUUAUAUUUUACUUAAUAAUGAUUAAAUUAUUAUCCGCGAAACAUAGAUAGUAAAUUUUCAUCAUUAUUUUGGAUAUUUUUUCCUAUUGUUAGUUUAUAAUUCGGACAAUUUUAACGGAGGCUUAUAACGGGUUCUCUAGUACGAAACUCUUUAGAGUGGAUAAGUGGGGAAGCUGUUUGAACUCAGUAACUUCCGUUUGAGGGGAAAAGGCUUAUGACGAGUAGUCGACUGUAUUUAAAAAUGUUUUUUUUUUUAUUGCAUAACAAAUUCGUCAUCGUUAAUUUGUGUAUCUAUUGUAAAUAAUUGAACCAACUAAAUAGAUUUGCGUGGAUAACAGAUUGUACGAGUGGCAUCAAUUUAAUAUUAAUAAUAAAUAUAAUAAUAACAAUGAUGAUAAUGAUAACUAUGUUGGAAAAAAAUAUAUUGCAAGAAAUAAAUUAUUAAAAUGAAGAAAAAAAUUUGAAUUUCAAAAUAAUUUUUUUAUUUCAAUUUUCAAAUUAUCAAAAAAUACUUUGAAGAUAUUUAUUUAGAUAAAUAUGUAUUAUCUUUUUUCUUUUUAAUUGGAGUUGCAUAAAAAAUUUGAGUAACCAAAAUUGAAUCAAAAUUUUAAUAAUUUCUGAUAUAAAAAAAUUAUGACAAUAAAUAAUUGAAUUUUUAAAUUAAUGUUUUGAAAAAACGCUAAAUAUUAAUUAUUACUGUAGUUGUAUUAUAAAAAUUUAUAAUCAAUUUGAUUUCUUAUAUUUAUUGAAAGGAUUUCGCUUUAAGAAAAUUCUGAAUAAAAGUUUUUUUGGAAAUAAUUUUUUUUUUUAGUAAAGUAAUUUAAAUCCAAUAGUUUUUUUAAUUUUCUACAUGUGUAUUUUUUUUUUUUUAUUUUUAAUUCUCUGUUAACUUCAGGAUCAUCUUGUCAUCAUAUCCUGAUGAUCGAUUACGAAAACACGGUUUCGAUAAAAUUUUUCUUUAAAUUUAAGUCAGAUCACGUAUUAAAUGACGCGUACUUAACUUUAAACCUUUAUAACGUCAAAUUUUUUAUGACUCUGUUCACGUACUUGUUAUUACAAGAUUACAAAAUAAUACCGGGAAGAAAUGAUUUUUUGAUCUUUAGAUAAAGGGAUAUCCUUUUACAUCAUCUUCACUUUUUUUUAUUUUAUCAAAUUUUCUGAUUUAAAAAAAAAAAAAAAUUAUUUUAUAAAUUCAAAUUUUAAUAAAAAAAUUAUCGAUUAUUAAUGUGCCCGAUUAAAAAAAGUAUGCUAUCAUAUCUAAAUGUGCUUGAAAAUAAUUAUAAAAAAAUGAAUAAAACCAUAAACACGGAGGAUUUUUUACUCGUUAAACAAAUACUGAAUGUAGAAUCGUAAAAAAAAAAAAAAAAAUAAAAAAAAUUGAAAUAAUAUAAAUAAUAAAAAAAUUAAAGGAACAAUUUGUAAGUAUUGUGAAAAGACAUAAUAAGAUACGUAGAAAAAUUAUAAUUAAUAAUUUUAAUUAUUACGUAAAAUAAAUAACAAUCUAUAAUUAAGCUGACUUUCUAAUUAAAAAAAUUUUUUUGCAAAAGGAACGCGUGGGAGUAUAAAUAUAGUCACAAGGGGGUUAUAAAUAUGAAAAUAAUGAACGUAUAAAAUAAUAAAGUAAAAAAUAUAUAAUGUAAUAUUAUCAUGAAAUUGAUCAUAAAUACAUGAGACUAUUAAUUAAUAUAAUAAUUAAAUGGUUAAUUAAUCUGCCAAUUUUCACGUUUUUCAUUAUUCACCAAAAUUAUUUUACUUUUUUUUUUCAAAUUUUUUAUAUAAUUACUCUGAUAAAAAAAUAUUUAAUCACUUUACCAAAUAUUUAAUUGGCUAUACGUUAAAUUAUUAUUAGGUCAUACUUUAGAUAGCUCUGAUUAAAAACUCAGAUUGAAUUUCCUAUCAAAAAAAUCUAUGGAUUUAUGUUAGAAUCCAUGUCGAAAAUCAUGGGUGCCUGAAAUUACAUAUGGAAAAUUCACACAGGAAACUAUGGGUAACCGGAUUCUCGUAUGAAAAAUCCACAUAGGAAACUUACACACGGAAAAAAAAAUAGGUGCUGCAACAGGACGCAAUCUCGUGGCAGCAACAGGACUUUUCCUGUGGAAUCAAUAGGAUAAGGAACAAAUUUAAUGUACCAAUUUUUUUUUUUCAGUAUAAUAAAAAUUCAAAAUUGAAAAAAUGAUUCAAAUUUUAAACGAAAAUUUCAAUUUUUAAAUUAAAAUUUUUUUUCGAAGUUAAUUUUUUUUUCAAAAUUUGAAUCUUUUUUUUAAUUUUGAAUUUUUAUUAUACUGAAAAAAAAAUUGGAACAUUAAACUUGUUCCUUAUCCUAGUGAUUUCACAAGAAAAAUCCUGUUGCAGCCCCUAUUUAUUUAUUUUCGUGCAGGUAUCUGGAUUCCCAUAAAGGAACGAUGCUUUUUAUGGUAUUUGUAUCAAUAACGUGUCGCUUUCUGUUAAUUUUCUUAACUCCUAAUUCAUACAAAAAUUCUCAUAUGGACUUUGACAUGGUGUGGAUUUCCAUAGGAACCCAUGUGAAAAUCUAUAUCGCGAUCUAUGCGGGAUUCUUAUAAGAAACCAUAUGGAAAUCCAUCCAAAAACACCACGUGGGUAUACAUUACCCUAACCUCCAAAUCAUAUAGUCGUGUGUAGCAAGUGUACGCUGUGGGUAAGUGUGCGCAAACCCAUUAAUUUUGGACUGAAAUGCAUGGGUUUGCGUACUUUUAUUCACUGCGCACACUUGUCCCACAUGAAUUUACGUUUUAUUAGACUUCUAUAAUCAGCUUCCUUAAUUAUUUUGAUGUUUUUUCACAAAGUUUGGUUCUCUAUUUAAAUUUCGUUGAAUGAAAUUUCAAAAACUUUUAUGAAAACAUAAAAGUCAUAUAUUUAAAUAUUAUUUUCAUUUUUUAUGUUUCGUAAAGUGAUUAAAUUUCUUUUUUUUAUAAAUUUAGUACGCUACAAAAAAAUCUGAUUUUUUUUUAAUUAAUUGACGUCGUUAGAAAAAUAUAAAAAAAUUAAUUGUUUAAACAAUAAUUGAAUAUGUAAAAGUAUAAAAACGUGAAUUGGCUACAAUGCUUGAAAAACAUAAAAUAUUGCAUAUCCUAUUGAAAAGUAGAUCUUUGAUAUAUAAAUAUAAAUAAAAAUUGCAACACUCAGUAGAUGCGAUAAAUUAAAUAAGAAGUGAUUGAAAAA